AUGGCUAAAUGUAACUCGGAAAAACUACCACGGAGCUCUUCUCUAGCACACAUUCUGAUAUGUGAAUCCCAUGAAUUACCGAUUGAUAUCAUAUGUGAGGACUGUGAUAAAUUCAUUUGUGCCAAGUGUGCCAAAACAUAUCAUAGAGAUCAUGAUUGGAAAACUCUGCCCACGGCGGCCGCCCAAAGGAGAAGAGAUCUACAUAAAUUUCUGAAGAAGAUCAAGGAAGUAGAUCUGCCUGGAAUUGAUGCAAAAAUAUCAAAACAAAUCAAAGAAAAUAAGCAAAUGUGCGAUUCUGAGAUUAAAAAGCUUCGGAAACAUUGUGAAGAGGUAAUGGCCAGGUUGACAGAAAUCAAAAAACGUCAUGAAAAAACACUGAGAGAGAAUUUGGUUAAAAAGAAUGAUCAAUUGAGCCAUGUGAAAUCUGAGUUAGACAAGAAGAAGAAAGGAAUAGUUAAGACAGUGGAGUUCAUGGAGGAUAACAACAGCACCAUGUCAGAUUACAGUCUGAUUGAUAAACAAAGAGAACUGACAAAAAUGCUGUCUGAAUUGGAGGUUCAUAUGGCAAACUGUGAACAUUCAGUGAGGUUCACUAGAGGGGAAAUCAAGUACGACAUACUUAAGUAUUUGGUUGGAAGAACUUUGGAUUUAGAUGAUAUUGAAAAAGUCAAUCAGCAAGGCUUUAAAGAACAUAAAUUUAGUAUUGAUCCUAAUGACAUGUGUGUGACUGAUAACGGUGAUGUUUAUUUCACUGACUUUAGUAACAAUUCCAUCAGCUGUCUGUCACCAUCAGGAUCUCUCUCUACAGUCGUCAGUACAGAUCCACUGGUACCGGGAGGAAUCUGUCACUCAGUGGACGGUGGAUUACUGUUAACCUUGAGAGACAUAGAUUCAGAUCAUUACAAAUUAAACUCACACAGUAGACGUCUGGUAAGACAUAUCACAGUGACAGGCGAUGUCAUCCUUGAGUAUGAGUACCAGGAGGACGGUCAGACCAGACUGUUUACAUUACCAGGCAGAGUCGCACAGAACAGAAACAGUGAUAUCUGUGUUUUGAACAGUACAAGUGACACUACAGGUGAUCUAGUGAUUAUGUCUCCCUCUGGUCGUAUGAAGUCUGCAUACCGUGGACAGAACUUGACAGAGGACUUUUAUCCAACUGCUGUAGUGUGUGACUCCCUCUGUAAUAUCCUUGUCACUGAUCAUAACAAUAAACAGAUCCAUCUGCUGAGUCCUGAUGGGGAGUUCCUGAAGUUCAUCCUGACAGAAAAUGAAGUGAACGGUCCAUCCAUAAUAUCAUUGUACAAGUCUACACUAUGGGAUUUCAGUUUGUGA